AGUGUGCCGGAGUUGGCGACGGAGUGGAGCCGCGACCGGCUACGCGAAGCGAUCGUGAGUGAACGUGUGUCGCGCGCGUUGCGUUCCCCGCGCUUUUCGUUCAGGAGAGACGUGCCUCUCUCUCUCUCUCUCUCUCUCUUUCAUCUUCUUUCUUCUCGUUGCAUCGCGUAAGAUCGCGGCGAUACGGUCGGCGUGCGCCGUUACAAACGUACGGAUCGUGCGUGUGCAACGCGCGCGCGUUGCGGGUGAGUGUUCUACGCGAGUGUUGACGCAUCACCGUUGCAUCUCCGUCACGUGGAUUAUCGCCGGCUUGGGACUUUUCCGGGACUGAGGAGUCUGCAGAGGAUCUUUGCAGCUGACUUUGCCUGACGAAUCCUGUAUGUCGACGAAAACGAGAGAGACACUACGCAGUUGUUAAAUAUGUCGAAGAUUCACCAAGAUAUUCUUCCGCGAAGAUAUUCCACGUUCUCCGUAACUUUGCAGUUUACGUAUCGUGCGUGAUGCAUUCUGUAAUAUCUGAAAAGAUUGGAAAUUUCUUCGUGAAAGAAGAAUAUGCAACGCGUUCUAUGAACACUGAUAAGAUGAUAGAACGGCUCGUCUUACAAAUAAUCGACGCGGUGUCGCGCGUAUAUCAUUGAAAAUCGAAGAUUGCUCCCUUCGAUUGGGGGUGGCGGCGAUGUUCAGGAACGAGUAUUUAAGCAGGACACGGAACUACGCGAGAGCUGUUAAGAAAAGGACCGUGGUAUAGUCUUACGGGCUAUUAUGACGGACUACUUGGAUCCACAUUUUGUUCGGGCUCUUUGCCGUGAUCCUGAAAGACGUACCCUCCAGGACCUGCAGAUCAUAUACUAUGGCCUACUGGGUCUGGAGGCGUUGCGUCCGUGCAGAGACUCCGUUCUCCGCGGUCUCUGCAAAAUCGUACGUUACGAGAGACAUCAUGCGAACCAUGUCCUCUAUUACACUGGCGAGUUGGCUACAAGUUGGUACAUACUUCUCUCCGGCUCCGUGUUUAUCGAUGGAUCCAUGUUCCUCCCCCGCUCAAGCUUCGGGAAGCGGACGGGCGGCAGCGCCAGGCGACCCAACGAAUGCUUCGUCCUCGAGCCCUCCGAGAUGAUUGUCAUUGACUACCCGGAAGUUCAUAGCGGAGGGAGGAUGCAUCGACCACCGCAUCCUCAUCCCAUAACUGACCACCGUCAAGUCAACCUGGUUUUCGAUGACACGUUCUCACAGGGCCUUACGGGCAGGCCGGAGUUGUAUCAGAAAUCAAAUAGGAGUAGUCAUUCGAGUGACACAAGUUCAGCAUACAGUGGAUCCGACACCAUGACAUCUGUACAAAGUUCAUUAGACGCAGAUCCUGAUGAAGUGGAUUUGUCAGGUCUUGUGGAGUCUAUUGUUGAUAGUGACGAAGAGGAGGAUCUGGCAGAGAGCAUGGAUAGUUUAACGGUGCGCGAUCCUGUACGAGAAUGCUUAGAGAAGGAUCCUGUUGAGAGAACAGAAGACGACAUAGAGACGCUUUUGGAGUUCACGCAACAAUUGAAAGCUUUCACAAACAUGACUUUGGCUGUCAGAAGAGCGUUGUGCGCUGUAAUGGUAUUUGCGGUGGUCGAUCGUGCCGGUAUGGUGGUUUUGAAUGACGGCGAGGAACUCGACAGUUGGAGCGUGCUGAUCAACGGCGCUGUUGAGAUUGAGCACAGCAAUGGCGAUAUUGAACAACUCGGUCUCGGAGAUAGCUUUGGUAUCUUGCCUACUAUGGAGAGGCUGUUACAUCGCGGAGUUAUGAGAACAAAGUGCGACGAUUGCCAAUUUGUUUGUGUCACGCAAGCAGAUUAUUUUCGAAUUCAACAUCAAGGCGAAGAAAAUACCAGGAGGCACGAAGAGAAUGGAAGGGUAAUUCUAGUGACUGAAUUACGGGGAGCUUUGGACGGUCCAGCGCGGAGGGGUCACGUGGUGAUUCGGGGAACUCCAGAGCGUUUGAUGUUACAGCUCAUCGAAGAAAACAGUAUUACAGAUCCUACUUAUGUGGAAGAUUUUUUAUUGACUCAUCGAACGUUCAUUGAUAGUCCAUUGUUAGUUGCGAGUCAAUUGUUGGAGUGGUUUGAUCAAGCGCAAGUGCGAGAUCGCGUUGCUCGCGUUGUGCUCUUAUGGGUGAAUAAUCAUUUUACCGAUUUCGAGACUGAUCCAGCGAUGAUGGAAUUUUUAGAAGCAUUCGAAACUGGACUGGAAAGAGAGAAAAUGUUAGGACAACAAAGAUUGUUAAAUAUUGCAUGUGCGGCGAAGGCGAGAACGCGGAACGUAACGUUAGCCAGGCCAAACAGGGACGAAGUCCUAAAUUUUAGCAUUUUAGGAGGAUUUGAGAGAGGUUUUGGUAUAUUUAUCUCAAAAGUUGACAAGAGAUCUAAGGCUGAAGAUGUCGGUUUAAAAAGAGGUGACCAGAUCUUAGAAGUAAACGGCCAAAGUUUCGAGCAUGUAAAUCACGCGAAAGCUCUUGAUAUUUUGAGAGCUUCUACGCAUCUCAGUAUAACUGUAAAAUCUAAUUUGCUUGCUUUCAAAGAAAUGCUUCAAAUGCCAGACAAUUCUCCGAGACCUCGAGGUAGAACAAAUAAGCCGGAAAUACCGAGGCUGCAAUCAGAUCCACGAGCCAGACUAUCAACGCACGUGGAUCCCAUGACACCUGUAAAUCCCUUAAAUCCCAUGAUUGGUGGAGUACCAUUAUUGAUCCCGGACAACAAUGUGUCACCGUGCAAAGACUCUAAAAAAGAGCACAAGGGAUUUAUGACUCUUGGACCUAAACGGCGAUUACAGAAAGCACUUAUGAAAAUGAACAUACUGCCAAAGAAUACGAUCAACGACGGUGUACACUUGGAUGAUCCUCUCGCGCCGCCACACACACCACCGGGAACAGGACUUACGCAAACUACUACCAAUCUGUACCAUUCAAAGAGUAAUCCAGAUCUUACGUCGCUUUAUUGUUAUGACGAUUUAAGGGCAAAUGAUUAUCCUGAACAUGUGCUCAAAGUAUAUAAAGCUGAUCAAACCUGCAAAUAUCUCCUUAUUCACAAAGAAACGACAGCGCAUGAGGUGGUAAUGCUUGCACUUCAAGAAUUUGGCAUAACAGAAAGCAGUUCGAAUUUCUCUCUGGCGGAAGUAAGCGUCGGUGAAGGUGGCAUGAUCAAGCAGCGUAGAUUGCCAGAUCAGUUACAGAAUCUUGCAGAACGAAUCGGAUUGAGCUCUCGAUACUACUUGAAAACCAACGGGAUUUCCGAAACUUUAGUAGCUGACGAUCAAGCUCCAGAACUCAUUCGAGAGUCUCAAGUACAUUUUCUGCAAUUGAAUGCUGUAGAAGUGGCAAUACAACUGACUCUACAAGACUUUAGUAUAUUCAGACAAAUCGAGUCCACGGAGUAUGUGGAUGAUCUGUUUGAAUUGAAGAGUAGGUAUGGUGUGCCCAUGCUUAGUCAGUUUGCAGAACUAGUCAACAGAGAAAUGUUCUGGGUCGUGACAGAAGUUUGUUCUGAACAUAAUCUCGUACGGCGCAGCAAGAUUAUAAAGCAAUUUAUUAAAAUAGCGCGUCAAUGCAAGGAGUGCAAAAAUUUCAAUUCGAUGUUCGCGAUCGUAUCCGGUUUGGGUCAUGGUUCAGUAUCGAGAUUAAGAGCUUCGUGGGAAAAACUGCCAACCAAAUAUCAAAGAUUAUUCAGCGAUCUACAAGAAUUAAUGGAUCCCAGCCGUAAUAUGAGUAAAUAUCGGCAAUUGGUGGCGUCUGAACAAACGCAACCACCGAUAAUACCUUUCUAUCCAGUCGUGAAAAAGGACUUGACUUUCAUACAUCUUGGUAAUGAUUCAAGAGUAGAAGGUUUAGUGAAUUUUGAAAAACUCAGAAUGAUUGCGAAGGAAGUGAGAACAUUAACAAACAUGUGUUCCUCACCUUAUGAUUUAAUAACUAUGCUAGAAAGGGGCGGGCAACCACCAAGUUCCGCGAUGGUAGCUCUGAACCAAAUGACUACUGGCAAUCAAGGUGGCCAAACCGCGACGGUGAAACGACGAAAAAAAUCCACGGCCACACCAAAUCCGAAGAAAAUGUUUGAGGAAGCACAGAUGGUCCGAAGAGUGAAGGCCUAUCUCGCGAACAUGAAAGUGAUCACCGACGAGGAACGGUUGCAUCAACUUUCAGUCGAUUGCGAGCCACAUGCAGGAGCCGUUGCAGUUGCAGCUGCGGUACCAUUGGGUGGCAGUCGGGGAAGAAGGCAUCCAUCGCCUACUCUAUCGACUACCAGUAGUGCGAGUAGUACCAGUGAAGGCAGGAAAAGUAUACAAGGUACAAAAUUCGGCGCCGCGUCACCGCAAGCAGUUAGGAAGAUGUUGGCUCUGUCUGAUCCUCAUAAGACACGACCAUAUCAACCUAAGCACUGUCCACCUCCGCUACCUGUACCGGGAUUGGCGCUGCAUUCGAGCGGUUUGGAGCCUAGUCCAGGUGCACCUAGAAGAGUGGGAUCCGGCAGCAGGGUGCCGAUGCACGAACGAUCCCACAGCGAUACUCCUGCCAGCCUACCACCACCUGUCGAUCUCAGUGCGGAGAGCAGUAGUGUAACUAGUUUGAGUAAUCUUCAGCCGCUGAGAAAAACCUUAACAAGCGGUUCGGUGACGAGCAGUGACAGUGGUCAUAGCACUCAGCUGGACAGCCACAGCGGGAGCAGCGUGGAAGCGGGCGGCAGCCCACCGCCACCGCAAAGACGGCACUCCGCUCUGCAAGGUACUACUACGGGCUUAGGAGUAAACAUGGGCCUAGGAAUGCCAGCCCCGUUGCCACCGCCCGGAGCGGGGUCCGCGACCAUAAUGACGACGAUGGGUGCCAUGACGGGCAACAUGACAUCGUCGAUGCGAUCCGGCAUGAGUAGCACACCGCAAUGCCGUCAACCACCGGCAUACAAAGUCGCGCAGCAGAUGGCGAGGUUGCACAGACUCGGUCGUGCUAACAGCCACGAAGGGGUCACCUAUCGGGGCACCGAUCACGAAGAUGAUGACGAAGAUGCUCAAGUGUCGGCGGUUUAAGUGGUCCACGAGUUUCGCCGAGUCUCGAUUAUCGUUUAGUUAAUUCUGUCAUACUGUUUCUUUUACACGGCCAAAGGAGAAAUCGUUUCCGGAAUGAUGCUAUGCGCGAACCGUUAAGCGAAAAAAGAAUACAGGAAGAUCAAUGACGCUCAUGAACUUUCUUGUUAAACGGCGAAUGUCGUUUUGCAUGUGUAACGGUAGCAUCCUAAUUCGACGGUUUUUGGCUGUUAACAUGUCAUGACACUUUUUUUAAGACGUGGGAUAAUUUUUCGUAUCGGUGGAACCUACUUAGACUUUAUUACGAAAAAAGGCGUUUAUUCUUAUUUAAACAGAACGCUUGUCUUCCAAGGGUCACCGCGACGAACCUGAAGGAAUCACCGAGAAUCUCAAGCGUUAAAAUAUUUGUACCGUGGAAAGCGACAAAUUACUGGCAAAUGUUGGUAAGCGAGAGAGAGAAUGAGAGAGAGAGAGAGAGAAAGAGAGAGAUGGUUGGAGAAUACUUUUCUUUUAUUAGACUGAAGAGACGUUUCUUGAGUGCUCGUGGAAUUUCACGGGAUGGCGAGAAGCGAAAUAGAUGAGAGAUGAAGAGAAAAUGAUCAUAAUAUUCUAUAUAAAUGUGUAAUAAAACCAAGUCCAAAGAUGUUAUAUAUACUGCGUGUCGCCAGAGAAAGUACGAAUAUGACGGCGUGUCCUGUAAUAUAUACUUGGUAGGUUAAUCUUUAGUGUCCCAUAAUAGGUAAGUUGGUGUAAAUAGCGUAGUAUUAUAGUAUUUAGGGAAAAGGAGCAAAGGAACUACGAGAGAUGAGACAAAGAUUCAUUGUUUAGAAUAGUGCGGUUAGCUCUUGUGUUUAACACAAUAGUUUCACCAGCAUUAUAUGUUUAAGAACUAAAAGGAUUCGUCUUUUUAUCAGUAAAAAAAAAUGGAAACGUCUCAUAAUCGUUUUAGAUUUCGUUUACGCGUUAUUCGAAACGAUUUAUUCCAUUUUAAACGCCUUCCUUUUAAAAGAUUUCUAUUGCCAAUCUGGCUCUGGUACAGACAAUUCAAAUUUUAUAAGGAAAGUUGAUGUACUUUUACGCUUUCGCUGAAUUUUAAUGACGACGUAAUCAAGUACAAAAGAAAAAGGAUUUCUCGAAGUCUACGAGAUAAUUGUUUUUCACAGCAGCGUAAUAUCUUUUUAUCGUACUCGUUUACACGUCACGAAACUAUACUUCGCUCCAUUUAUUUUUACAGAACGCAUAACGAAUUUUAAUUUACAAAUAAAUUAUUUUUCUAAUUUCAACCUAUAGUUCGAUACUUUAUCAUCGAUGUUAUUAUCGGAUUUAUAUAUUUUUUGUUAUUUUAUGAAUAGUAAAAAUAGUCGGAAUUAUUUGUUUAGUUCUAUGGGUAUAAUAAUCUGCAAUGUAUGAAAAAAACUUUUUCAGAUCGUAUCUUGUAGAAUUCGAGGACAUAGACAGAAAAGAAGUAAUAAAAUUUUUCGUUACUUUACAAUGUCGGUACGAGAGAAAUGGUUGGCUUUAUUAUAGUAGAUUUAUCCAUGUAUAUUAUAUAUAUAUGUUACCGUCAAAACCCAUAAUUGUUAAAAUUCGAUUUCACUAGUUAAAUCUAAUUUUAAAUUUAAUUGAAAUGAGAUCUAUAAUUGUACUGUUUCGAUUUUACGUCUAAUCAACCAUUCUAGUUUUAACUAGUGAAUUCGGGUUUUAACGGAUUAUGGGUUUUGACGGUAACACAUACACAGAUACAAAUGUGUGUACGUACACAUGCACGCACACGCACACACAUUCGCAUACACGCGCGCGCGCGCGCGCAGCACAAAGUCACACACAUACACACAGGACAGACACACUCUUGUCUACUUACAUGAGACUCGAGUCUUUUACAAGUAUUAUAAAGAAAUUAAUUCACGUGCACGAUAUGUAUCGACGCAUUAGCAAAGAGGGCCUAAUUACCCAGGCACCGUUUUUGCGAUUGCCAAGUAUUACGGAAAUCGAAAAAACGCGCGAGAGGAUAUAAGGGAGAAUGCGAAAAAGUGUGAAUGUGUAUGUGAGAAAGGAAGACAAGAAGAGAAAGUAUCGAGAGUCAACACAGUGCUUUUUUUCGGAUGCUUGGAUCUCUACCAUUAAUUACAUUCCAAACUUCGUCCGUGUUUACACUCAUCGAUAGAUGCUUCCCUUUUCUGAUUAUCCCAAAAAAGAAAGAAAAGAAGCAUGAAGCUCUCGUUUAACGAAUUGUUAAAUGUUAUCAUUAUUAAUAUUUUCCUGUUUUUAAUUGUUUUCUCCCUUUUAUUAAAAGACUUGUCUUGAAAUCCACAAAGACUGUGUUACUCUUUGACGUAGUGUCGAGUGAUCCCAAAAGAUCGAGAGGGAGUGUCCAGCUCGGUCUUUUGGGAUAGGAAUUCAAUAUAUUUACACACACAAUCACACACACACACACACACACACUCCAUAUUCAUAUAUUAUAUCUCUUUGUACAUAUCCUAACGACUUUUAAAUAUUAAUAUUCAACAUUCUCGAAGAAAAAUUUUAAGCGUAUUUACCAGUAAUUAAGGUUCUUCAUAAGACAGCGUCAAAAACUAUCAUUUUCUUUUCUGCAAGUCUGAUGCGACAAAUCUAUCUUUGCUCUUUCUUUCGUUAUCUUUUGCAUUUUAGGCGUAUCAGGCACUAUAUGUCAUUCCGCGUGUAUUUGUAAAUACUUUUGAGAAGAAUCGAUGAAUUUUUAUCUGAGAAUUCUGGAUAUCGAAAAUGUAUCCUUUUUUGCUUAUUGAGAUACUGACAUGUUUCUAAUCAUUUUUUUAAACGCAAAAAAUUUUUGCAAGAAACAGGAAAUUUUUAUACAAAAGUAUAUGAAAUAUAUACUAUUUGCAAUAUAACUUUGAAUGCAGAAUUCUCGGUGGAAAUUUCAAUUUCAUAUUCCAGUAAAAACAUAUAAACCAUAUAAACCUUGUGAUGGCGUCAUAAAUUUAGUUUUCAGAUUAAAGAAGCCUGGACGCUUUAAUUCCUGCUCUUUUUUUAAAAUGAUUUUUUUACAAGAACCAAUAUGAUACGAACACGCGAGAAUGUUUACUGGUCGGGAAAUGGAAGUUAAGACGGACUGCAUUUUCUUCCGCUCACCGUCUCUUUAUUUUAUUUAUACCAUGCCUCGUUCUGUUGUUUUAAUUAUUUAUAACCCCGAGAUAUAUUCGUCUAUAUAACGCGGACAACAAGCAACAGAAAAUCUUUUGUAUUUAAUUUGUUUAAUAAAACUUGAAUCAUAGUACAAUGUC